CUCUAGAGAGCUGCUGAUUCGUCUGAAAAUGCCAUCUGAUUGUGCCGAUUCAUCAGAUCAAGAGAAAGAGCCGUUUGUUGAAGUUGAUCCGUCUGGACGUUUUGGUCGGUAUGAUGACCUGCUUGGUUCCGGCGCUGUGAAGAGAGUUUACAGGGCGUUUGAUCAACGAGAAGGGAGAGAAGUGGCGUGGAAUCAAGUUAGGCUAAUGAAAUUCAGUCAUGAUCCGAAAACUAUCAAGAGGCUUCAAUCUGAGAUCUCAUUGUUGAAGACAUUAAGGAAUGAUAACAUCAUUGUUUUAUGCAGUUUCUGGAUGGAUAAAGAGCGAAACACAUUGAAUUUCAUCACUGAGGCUUUCACAUCUGGGAGUUUGAGAGACUUUAGGAAGAAGCAUAGGCAUGUAUCGAUUAAAGCCAUGAAGAAAUGGUCAAGACAGAUACUCAAUGGCUUAGAUUAUCUCCAUACUCACGAUCCUUGCGUCAUCCACAGAGAUCUUAACUGCAGUAACAUCUUCAUCAAUGGUAACAUAGGGAAGGUUAAGAUCGGUGACUUAGGAUUGGCAACAAUAGUAGGUAAAAGCCAUCAUGCACAUUCAUUGCUAGGAACACCAGAAUAUAUGGCGCCUGAACUGUACGAAGAAGAAUACACAGAGCUAGUUGAUAUAUACUCCUUCGGGAUGUGUUUGCUAGAAAUGUCAACAAUGGAGAUACCAUAUAGUGAAUGUGACAGUAUAGCCAAAAUAUACAAGAAGGUAACAACAGGCAUUAUGCCUCAAGCAAUGAACAAAGUGCUAGAUCUCGAAUUGAAGGCGUUCAUACAGAAAUGUAUUGGACAACCAAGGGAAAGACCUUCAGCUACUGAACUUCUCAAAGAUCCAUUCUUAUGUGAAGUUGAUAUUGAUCAGGAGAAUGAAAUGAUGUCUCUUUCCAUUAGCACCAAACCUAAUGAUCCAUUGCCUGAAAGCUUAAGAUGCAAACAAACAGCUUGAUUUCGACGAUGAUGAUGACAACAAACAAGGCAAGUUGUUUGACAUACUGUUUUCUUUACUGUUUUUUAGUAAACAUAUUAUAAUAUUUGGUG